AUGAAGAACAUUGAGGUUGUAGUCAUUGGCGAGUACGAGAUCGGGACGUGGUUCUUUGCCCCGUAUCCACAAGAGUACACCCGCAAGGGCGUGCUGUACCUCUGUGAGUUCUGCCUCACCUACCUCAAGAGUGAAAGCCAGCUUAUCCGGCACGCCGCCAAGUGCCAGCUGAAGCACCCACCGGGCAACGAGAUUUACCGGUCGGGUGAGCUCUCGGUCUUUGAGGUUGAUGGCGCCAAGGACAGGAUCUACUGCCAGAACCUCUGCCUCCUCGCCAAGCUCUUUCUCGACCACAAAACCCUGUACUACGACGUGGAGCCGUUCCUCUUCUACGUACUGACGCGGAUGGAUGCGUAUGGCUGGCAUGUCAUUGGCUACUUUUCCAAGGAGAAGCUCUCGCCCAACGACUACAAUGUGGCGUGCAUCAUGACGCUGCCGUGCUACCAGCGGCGCGGGUACGGCAAGUUCUUGAUCGACUUUUCGUACCUCCUCUCGCGGGUCGAGGGCAAGCCCGGCUCGCCGGAGAAGCCGCUUUCCGAGCUCGGUCUCCUCUCGUACCGGGCGUACUGGCGGCAGCGGGUACUCGACGUGCUUGUGCCGCUUGUCACCGGCGAGGCCGUCCUUGUCACGGGCGCUGACAAGGAGCGUGGGCGCAAGAUGAGACUGCUGGCGGCGGCGCGCAAGAUGCACUCGGCAUCGCAGUCGUCGUCGGCGCCCGGAACGCCGACGGGAGCCAACGGCGGCGGCGGUGGGCGCGGGCGGACGGCGUCGCCGGCGGUGGAGCUGAUGAACAGGGUGCGGUCGGCGGCGACGCCGCGCAAGUCGGCAGCGGGCGCACCCGCCGGGCCGGCGGUGGCCGGCUCGGACAAGCUCGACAGGGACAUCUCGGUCUUGCCGCGGACAAGAGUCGCUGCGCUCCGGGCCAAGGCGGCUGCGGCGGUUGCGGGCAAUGACAGCGAGCUGGCCGACGUCGACGACGCCGACCUGGACGAUCUGACUAUGGCCGCUGCGCUCCCGCCACAUCCGGCAGUCUCGCUCGACACGCUUGUCCGUGUCACCGGCAUGAAGGCCGAGGACGUGGCCGACACGCUGCAGCAGCUCGACAUGGUCAAGUACUGGGAUAGCCAGCGGGUGGUCAACCUUGAUCCCCAGCUCGUCGAAGCCCAUCUUGCCAAGCGGGCUAAGAGCGUUGGCAAGCGGCAUGUGCUUGACGAGCGGGCGCUCCACUGGCUGCAGCCGUAA